CUCAGCCCCAUCCGGGCCUCAGCUCUUCCACAAGUCCUCGCCCCUCAUGCGCGUUGUCCUAUCUUUGGUGAAGCCUUGGCCCGGGAGGAACUGCCCAGUCUUUCGCCUUUUCCCAUUGGCCCCGCCCCUAGCUUGGGUCCAGCCCGGGCCCGCCUCGCUCCGCCCUCGCCUGCUCCGUAGUUGAGGCUCGGCGCGGCGACCCUCGGAUCCCCUGCGAACAUGGCGCUGCGAGCAGCGAGGAGCGUGCGGGCCGCGGCCUGCUGCCUGCGCUCGGCCCUGGCCCCCGCUGCCCCGUGCCCGACGCGACCCUGGGGGCUGCAGGUCGGCGCCGUCAGGUCGCUGCGCACGGGACCCGCUCUGCUCUCCGUGCGUAAAUUCACAGAGAAACAUGAAUGGAUAACAACAGAAAAUGGUAUUGGAACGGUGGGAAUCAGCAAUUUUGCACAGGAAGCUUUAGGAGAUGUCGUUUAUUGUAGUCUGCCUGAAGUUGGGACAAAAUUGAAAAAGCAAGAUGAGUUUGGAGCUUUGGAAAGUGUCAAAGCCGCAAGCGAACUCUACUCUCCUCUGUCUGGAGAGGUAACUGAAGUCAAUGAAGCACUUGCAGAAAAUCCAGGGCUCGUCAAUAAAUCUUGUUAUGAAGAUGGGUGGCUGAUCAAGAUGGCACUGAGCAACCCUUCUGAACUGGAUGAACUAAUGAGUGAAGAAGCCUAUGAGAAAUACGUGAAGUCCAUUGAGGAGUGAGCAUAGUGUCCCGUGUAAACUGGUGCGGAGCAACCUCCUCCAGCAUAGCUGUCUUAAGGUAGCAGAUAGAAGACAAAAUAACUGGUAGCAACACCACGGAAAAGAGACGAUUCUCAGCACUGCCACUGGAAGAAACCCCUGUCAGCUUCCUCAUGGUUGCAGAUAAACACAAUAAUACACUAGACUUGUUAUUUAAACGAGGCAUAUUAAGCUGUGGUAUUCAGAAUUUGUGAAUUACCUGUGGUAAACAAUGUUAAAAGAAUUGUAAAUUUCAGAUAACAUUGUGACUAUAAGCCUUACAUAAUACUGUAACAUGAUUAUGUCCAGUCAAAUUCAGUCAAAAGGUAUAAUGAUCUUCCCAUUGAAGUGAUGGGAAGUGAAGGGAAGUGUCUGCUUUACAAUGUGGGAUGAAGGCAGUGCUACUUUAAUUUUACAUAUACUGCAUUACUUGCUGCUAUUUUUAUACAGUGAAGCAGCAGCUGUGCAGCAAAGUAGGAAACAAAUAAAAUAUGCAACCUCUUAUUA